AUGGAUUGGCUGGUCGUGCUGGGAGUCGUCGCCUUCGUCCUCCCGUCGCUCUACCUGUACACUGUCUCGGUGGCGCAGACUCGCUUCCCCACCCUGCGCAACAAGCGCAUCUGCCUCCUGAUCGCCCACCCCGAUGACGAGGCCAUGUUCUUCGCGCCCACAGUGCUGGCGCUCACGCGGCCCGAGACGGGCAACCACGUCAAGAUUCUGUGUCUGAGCAGUGGUGACGCCAAUGGUCUGGGCGAGACGCGCAAGAAGGAGCUGGUCAAGAGCGGCAUGAUGCUCGGGCUGCGGAAUGAGGAGGACGUGUUCGUCAUCGAGAGCGCCGACUUCCCCGACAGCAUGACAGCGACGUGGGACUCGGCCAAGAUCUCGGCCCUGCUGUCGUCAGCAUUCGCGCCGCACCUGUCCUCCAACUCCUCCUCCUCCUCCAGGUCCCCCAAACCGUCGUCCGACUCGGCGGGCGGGCCCCCGACGGCGACCAUCGACGCCCUCAUCACCUUCGACGCGGCCGGCGUGUCGGGCCACCCGAACCACGCGAGCCUGUACCACGGGGCGCGGUCGUUCGUCCACAACCUCGUGCAGGGCCGGAGCGGGUGGCAGCCGCCCGUGGACCUGUACACGCUGACGUCGGUGUCGGUCGCGCGCAAGUACACUGGCUUCCUCGACGUCGUCGCCACCCUGGCGUCGUGGGGCCUGCGCGUCGAGUUCAAGAACAAGCAGCGCCCCAACGGGCUGGUCUACUUCAGCGGCGUCGGCCCCGGCGGGCUCGCCACGGCGUGGAAGGCCAUGACGUCGGCGCACAAGAGCCAGAUGCUGUGGUUUAGGUACGGAUGGAUUGUCUUUAGCCGAUACAUGGUCAUGAAUGACUUGCGGCUGGAGAAGGUCAAGGCAAAGUGA